AAACUAAAAUACAAACGACCUACUGCAGAGAUUUGUUUUGGGUUUGCUUAUCAGCUGCUAGUAAUUCGGAGUUAUGAACUGCAUUCGAUUAGAUCGUGUCACAUCGUUUUUUUUUUCUACACUGAUAGUCAAUUCAAAUGCAGGCUCUUGGUUUAGUUGCUCAUCAUCUGGGGUGCCGUCAAGAUCGUUCGAACAGAGUUAAAUUCUCUACAGUGCGUUACAAUGUUAAAAAAGAUGGGGUCAUUUCUUUCCUAUGAGAAACUGCCUACGAUCUUUGAAGUGAAUAAGAUGGCCGAUCAGACCGGAACGAUAAAGCUGGCGAUUCAUCACAAUGAUCCCGGUAAGGGGACGCUCUAUCGCCUGAAAAAGAACUCCAUGGUGCACGUCCAUCCGGGACCAUCGCUGCUGGGACGUCGAGUGGCAAUCUUUUGUAACUACCCGGCUGAUGGCGAAGAUUUUGACCGCAAUCGGUAUUCCCAGCUGAAAUGGUUCUCACCAACGGGAACUCAACUUCAAUUGAACGGUUCGAAGUACCUCUCAAUCCGGGACGUCGAUUGCUACUGCAAUGUUCAUCUCACCCGUUCCGGAGCGUACCAUUUCUACAUCCUGUACGAAGGCCAAGAGGAGCAACAAGCCGGUCUUUACGUGCAGAUUGAACCAACGCUAACCGUUGGCAAAGGUGCCGCCGCAGCACAACUUCCGCUGGAAGCCAUUCGGUGUCAGACGGUCAUUGCUAAGCUGAUGGGUCCGCUGCAAACCUGGGAAGCAAAGCUGCAAGUUGCCAAAGAAAGUGGUUACAAUAUGGUUCACUUCACGCCGAUUCAAGAGUUGGGUGGCUCGAGAUCUGCCUAUUCCCUCAAGAAUCAGAACAAAGUGAAUCCCGAGUUCCAGAAUGGUGAUCAGCCCGUUGAGUUCGGAGACGUCGAUAAGGUGAUUAAGAAAAUUCGUGAUGAGUGGGGCGUUGCUUCGAUUUGCGACAUUGUUCUGAAUCAUACUGCCAACGAGUCAGUUUGGAUCCGAGAGUAUCCGGAGUGCAGCUACAAUUGUUUCACCAGUCCUCAUCUGAGGCCGGCUUUCCUGUUGGACGCAAUGUUAGCCCGAGUCGGAGAAGAUGUUGCCGCUGAAUUGCUUGAACAUGUCGGAGUCCCAAAAUUAGUUGAAACUAACGACCAUCUGCAGGCCAUUCGCUGGCAAAUUCACUCCAACUAUCUGCCGCAAAUUAAAUUGCACGAACUAUAUCAGUGUGAUGUGGAUAAGUACGUGACCCGAUUCAACGAAGAGGCUUCCAAGCACAGUCCAACUGCCGCAAAGGAUGUUCCCGAGGGGGAUAUCAAACUAAAAUAUGAUGUGGAGUAUCGACGCUUGGGAGCUCAGAUCGACUGGGACCGAGCUAUGAAAACUUAUAAUGUGUUCCGCUCAGACUGUUUUGAUGAAGAUAGUCGGAAGCGCAAAUGCGCUGAAACAUUCCGCUCAAAAUUGCAAUGGUUGAACGAGGAGGUUCGAAAAGAAAUUCAAGCUCAUUUGGAUUAUGCCAUUGAGAACUGUCUGGCUGGAACGCGUUAUGAACGUGUGCAAGCAGAUGGUCCACAGGUCAAGGGCAUUUCUGUGAAGUAUCCGUUGUUCAUGAAAUACUUCACGCAUUAUGGCAUCCAAGGCAAGUCGUUGAAGGACAUUGAGGAGAUGAUGUACGGCGGCGCCGGCAAGUUAUUCAUGGCUCACAAUGGGUGGGUAAUCAACAGCGAUCCGUUGAAGGACUUUGCUCGACCUCAGGAAGGUACGGGCAAUGUCUACAUUAGGAGAGAGUUGAUCGCUUGGGGUGACAGUGUGAAGCUCAGGUACGGGGACAAACCGGAAGACAGUCCGUAUCUGUGGAAGCACAUGAAGGAAUACGUCGAUACGACAGCGAAGAUCUUCGACGGUGUUCGGUUGGACAAUUGUCACUCGACGCCUCUGCACGUAGCGGAGUAUCUUUUGGAUUCGGCGCGAAAGGUCAAUCCGGAAUUGUACGUUGUUGCGGAACUGUUCACCAAUUCGGACUAUACGGAUAACAUUUUCGUUAAUCGGUUGGGCAUCACUUCUUUGAUUCGAGAGGCUCUGUCGGCAUGGGACUCUCAUGAGGAGGGUCGUCUCGUAUACCGGUACGGAGGGGAUCCGGUGGGAGCGUUCUUCCCGUAUCCAAAGCGUAUUUUAGCGCCGAGCAUUGCGCACGCUCUAUUCCUAGAUCUGACGCAUGAUAACCCAUCGCCAGUGGAAAAACGUUCGAUCUUCGAUUUGAUACCAUCUGCGGGAUUGGUUUCCAUGGCGUGUUGUGCGACGGGAAGCAAUCGUGGUUACGAUGAAUUGGUUCCACAUCAUAUCCACGUGGUCGAUGAAGAGCGCCAGUAUCAAGAGUGGGGUAAACACGUUAACAAGUCGAGCGGUAUUGUAGCGGUGAAGGAAUCAUUCAAUUUGCUGCAUGGAGGCUUAGCAACGCGCGGAUUCGAUCAGCUGUUUGUCGACCAAAUGCAUCCGGAUAUUGUGGCCGUAACGCGGCACUCCACGCAGAACCAUGAAACGGUCAUCCUGGUAGCACACACCGCGUUCAGUUAUCCGAGUCCUUGGGCUGGCCCGACGGGAGUUCGCCCGCUGCGUUUUGAGGGCGAUUUAGUGGAAAUCAUUUUCGAGGUUCAAAUCUAUAAGAAAACUGGUCAAACAUUCGACCAACCCACGGAUUUCAAGAAGGACGAACGCUAUAUCAAUGGCGUUGAGGAGUAUGUGAUUGACUUGCGAAAGAAUCUAAAACUCGAAGAGUCUGACAUUUUCCAGAAGAACGCUACCUUCGAUGGCAACACGACACAGCUGGAUUUUGUCAAUCUGAAGCCUGGAUCGGUGGUGGCGGUGCGAGUUGCCCUGAAGGACACAAUGAAACCGCACUUUGAUAAUCUUCAGUCGUUGGUCCGGGAGCUCCACCAGGAAAAGGGAUCACGAUAUGCGGAGCUCCAACACCUGCUGGGCAAGCUUAAUUUGGUAGACUUCAACAAUUUGCUCUACUGCUGUGCCGAGGAGGAACGCGACAACGGUGGUGGCCCGUACAAUAUUUCCGGAUACGGCGAUUUGGUUUAUUGCGGACUGCAGGGCGUGGUUUCAAUACUGAGCGACAUCGGACCGAACAACGACCUUGGUCAUCCUUUGGCAAACAACCUACGAAUGGGAAAUUGGCUAAUCGAUUACUGCUCACAGCGUUUGCAGAAGUACCCGAAUUUGGUGCCGGUUGCCAGCUGGCUGGAGAAGAAUCUGACCCCGUUGAAAGAAAUACCUCGUUACAUGAUUCCCAGCUACUUCGACGUCAUCAUUACGGGCGCGCAUCGUUUGGCUGUUAACGCCGCUUGCAAUUUGAUGUCGGACUUUGUUCGCCAUGGUUCCAACUUUGGGCGACGUCUGGCUCUGGGAUCUGUUCAGUGCAUUCGAGAAGCUCCAUCGGCCAACCUUCCGACGCUCAGUCCCAAUCUAAGUCCACCAAAACCACCACAGAGGUGUUCAACUUUAGCUGCCGGGCUACCCCAUUUCGCAACCGGAUACAUGCGCUGCUGGGGUAGAGAUACCUUCAUUUCGCUGCGCGGACUUAUGUUCCUGACCGGACGGUUCGAUGAAGCACGGUAUAUGAUUCUCGGAUUCGGAGCGUGCCUGCGACACGGCUUGAUUCCUAAUCUACUGGACGGUGGGUUGAAUCCUCGCUUCAAUUGUCGUGACGCCAUCUGGUGGUGGUUGUAUUGCAUUCGGCAGUAUGUCGAGGAAGCACCAAAUGGAAAGAAAAUUCUUAUGGAUAAGGUUUCUCGAUUGUUCCCGACGGAUGACUCUGAAGCGAAGUUGCCUGGUGAAUGCGACCAAUUAUUGUACGAAACCAUUCAGGAGGCGCUAGCCGUUCACUUCCAGGGACUAUCGUACCGCGAGCGCAAUGCCGGUACUCGCAUCGAUGCCCACAUGAAGGACAAGGGUUUCAACAACCGAAUCGGUGUCCAUCCGGAGACCGGGUUUGUCUUUGGCGGCAACAAUGCCAAUUGUGGCACGUGGAUGGACAAGAUGGGCUCCAGCGAUAAGGCCGGCAACCGGGGUGUUCCCUCAUCACCCCGAGAUGGUUCCGCGGUGGAACUCGUUGGCCUUCAGAUGGCCGGUCUAAGGUUUAUGCAGCAAAUGGUCGAAGAGAAAGUGUUUCCAGGAUCUGGGUCCGUGGAACGCACCUCCAGCAAUGGAACCAAGACCGUUUGGACGUAUAAAGAAUGGGCCAACAAAAUCGGGGCCAACUUUGAGAAGGAAUUCUACGUCGAUGAGAGCAGCGACAGCCAGUAUGUAAAUAAAAAGGGUAUCUACAAAGACACGCUGGGUUCGGAAGUUCCGUGGACUGACUUCCAGCUCCGGUGCAACUUCCCAAUCGCGUUGGUGGCUGCCCCGGAGCUUUGCAAUCCGAAGCAUGCCUGGAGGGCAUUGGAAAACGCCAAAAAGUAUCUCCUGGGACCGCUCGGCAUGAAAACGUUGGACCGAGAGGAUUGGGGCUACCGUGGAAAUUACGACAACUCGAUCGAUAGUGACGAUAAAACUGUAUCACAUGGAGCAAAUUAUCACAACGGUCCCGAGUGGGUUUGGCCAAUUGGAUUCUAUCUUCGCGCUAGACUCAUCUUUGCCAAAGCCAAUGGACUGCUCAAGGAAACAAUUGCAGAAACAUGGUCAAUUCUGCAGAAACAUUUGCACGAAUUGCAAACUAACCACUGGCGCGGGUUGGCCGAAUUGACCAACGAAAACGGAGCAUACUGCAAUGAUUCUUGUCGGACGCAGGCGUGGAGUAUGGCCUGUGUGCUAGAAGUGCUGCACGAUUUGGAAAAGUAUGAAAAAGAGCUCUAAGCUAUAAAGCAGGGGGAGGAUUAAAAUUCAAAAUGAUAUACUCGAAUAUAGUCGGCAAUGCGAUGCGUUCCAAUCGCGUCCUAGUUAUGAUCACAAGUUUAGAUUUAAUUGUUCAUGCUUUGUGUCUGCCGUGUUAGAUUUUACGAAUUUUAAUAUUUUAUUAGGCUGUUAUGUUUGAAACGUUCAUAUUUUAUUUUGUUUUAGCAUGCAUAUUUUAGGCUUAGUGCCACUCAAAAGCGUAAAUGAAUGUGUGUGAUGAAAUAUAGCAUGAAUGAGCUGUGUCUGUGUGUCGUCCUUGAGUUAAUAGCAGUGGGACUAUGGCACUGGGAAACAAGGAAACAUAUAUUUUUACGUACUAUGCAGGAAAUGAUUUAAAUACACACUGUUAAAGCCAUCUAAA